GAGCGUUUCCUCGCGCGUUGAUACUGAGCGAGAGAGCGACGGCGGCGGCGGGAUAGAGCGGAGGAGGGCAGAGCCUCUGCUGGGACGAAGGCUGGCUACGGGCGCGCACACACACACGGCGAGGAGCGAGGGAGGCAGUGCCCUGAAACGCAGCCGGCCGCUCCGAGGUUUUAGCAGCUCGCCCGAAGAGGGAACCACGCCGGCUGCGGCAGCGUCGGCGCCGGCGGAGGGCAACGCAGCACUCCGCCGCUUAUUAACGUCGGCGACGCCGGCAUCCACGCCGCCCGGUUCGAGACACCGACGACGACGACGUAGCCUGCCGUGGGACGCCCGACCGAGGGCUAAGCCUAACCCGGGUCCCCCCCAAAACGAGCGAGCGAUGGAAAAGCGACUGCACAACACUAGGCACGCCGCGAGGCAAGCACGAAACAGCGGCAAAGCCAGCAACACCGCCAGCAACAGGACGACCAGCGGCGGCACGUCGUUGACGACCGCUGAGAGAAUGACGGUGAACACAACGACAACGACGUCAACGUCAGCGUCGCCGAAUUCCAAGGCGAUGACUUCGGCGCCGAGUCCACCGCCGGCGGCGUCGCCAUCAGCCAACCACCACCGGGAACAGACCUCGGCUCCGGCGUCGUCUUCGCGUCACCGGCAGCAGCACCAGCAGUCCGUGAAACAGAGCGACUCCUCGGACGACGAUAACGAAGACGAAGACGAGGAAAUGGAAGACGAAGCCGCGUCCUCGUCGCCGCCGGGGGCGCUGGCGACGCCGACGUCACCGCCGUCUACUCCAGCGACGCCGACCGGAAGCGCUCCGUCGUCUUCCACUUCCGUGACGGCUCCGACGACGCCCUCCGCUAGUCCCGAACAGAUGUACGAGGGCUUCCAGGCCUGGGCUCUGCGCACGUACGGGGACAGCGCCAAGACGAAGACUGUGACCCGGAAGAAGUACCAACGAAUCCUCAAGAUAUUGAAGGGCGAGGAACAGACGAGCGCCGAGAACUCCAAGUUCCGUUUCUGGGUCAAGGCCAAGGGCUUCAAGAUGGGCCUGCCUCCGGGGCACCCCCAACAGAGCGUCCACAAGGCGGCGCUGGCCGCGGCUGCCGCUAAGACCCCGCCCGAGCAACUACUGUUCGUGCCGUGUAGCAAGGUUAAGAAGGGCGGCGAUGGGGAGACGACGGUGUACAAGCGAGUUGCUGUGGUGGAGAACUUCUUCGAGAUCAUCUACGGCGUUCACGUCGAAAUGGACGGCCGAGGAGGAAAGCACGCAGGACAGAAGAGGACCUACAAGGCUAUUGCGGAGCUGUACGCCUUCCUGCCCCGCGAGGCGGUCACGCACUUCCUCAUGUCCUGCUCCGACUGCCAGAAGAGGAUGCACCUCACAAACGGCGCGCUGAGCGCCAUCGUCACAGCCGCGGCGGCGCAGGGCAGCGCCGCAAGCUCCCCCGCCCACAACAGCGGCGGCGGCGCGCCGACAACGACGCCCUCGACAGCGGCGGCGCCGCCUCCGUCGACAACGACAGCUGAGACGGCGUCCUCCGGUUACCACAGCAACGGCGCCAACAGCCACAACAACAACGGAGCCAGCAGCUGUGCACCCGGAAGUGGCGGAGCCGGAAGCAGAAACAGCCCGUCACGUGAAUCCGCGGGUGGCGCUCCCGCGCCCGCGCCGUCGCCGGCGCGGACGAGUUCCGCGGCAUCGUCACCAGGUGGCGCCGCCGCCGGCGACGCGAGCGCCGCUAGGGUGCGCGCGGCGGGCGCACGCAUCGCGGCCGUGUCGGCGGCCGAUGUCGACUUCAGCGUCCCCAUCACGACGGCCUACUUGAAACACAUGAGGAGCCUCGGCCUCUCCGAAGAGGAUGCCUUCAACCCGCGUGAGGACUCAACGCUGGGCAGCGACGAGCUGAGCGACGAUGAGGCGACGCCCAACUACGACGACGACGAAGAGGCGAGUCCCGACGCGGGCUUGCUAGACUCCAAGGAGACGUCGGACGCGCACAUGGCUGACGCUGCCUCGACCACGUCGCCGCGACCUGCGUCCGAGGACACCGCCGGCGGCUCGUCCGCGAAGACCGGCGGGUCGCCGACGACCUCGGCUAGCCGGCGGUCCUGCACGGACGAGCCCAUGGACACCCAGCAGCCACUCAACAUGACCGCCAAGACGACGGCGACGACGUCGCUACCCGGAGGGUCUGGAUUCUCCGUCAGCGGAGGCUCAACGGCGGCCGAGCACAGCUUUGCUGACCGAGGACAGAGUCCUCCGACCGCCGAGCCGGACGACCUGUCGGCCGGCACCAAGGACGAAGACGAGGAAGAUGACGAUGAUGAACAGGACAAGCUCGACAUCAGCUCUUACGACCCCGAGCGCCUAAAGGCCUUUAACAUGUUCGUGCGGCUGUUCGUCGACGAGAACCUGGACCGCAUGGUGCCCAUCUCCCGGCAGCCCAAGGAGAAGAUCCAGGCCAUCAUCGACUCGUGCAGCCGACAGUUCCCGGAGUUUGCCGAGCGCGCCCGGAAGCGCAUCCGCACCUACCUCAAGUCCUGCCGCCGAACCAAGCGCACCCGCGACCUGAAUGGCUGGGACGUGAGUGGUCGCACGGCGGUCCCCCACCUGACGUCACCGCUUGCCGAGCAGAUCCUGGCGUCAGCAUGCGAAAACGAAACCAACAACGCCAAAAGGAUGAGGCUUGGGUUGCAGCCGUUGCCGAUGGAGCUGGACAUCCCGGGCCGUUCCACGACCCCCGGCUACCACGUGACCGUCGGCGUGGGCGGACCCAAUGGCACCAGCACCGUGCUCGGCGUGCCGGCGUCUCUCUCGGUGAACAGUAGCGCUGCCUCGAUGACCAACAACGUGAGCAGCCAACUCAUCAGCCGGUUGACAGCCCCCAUCGUCAGCAGCAACGCUUCGGCCACAAACGGUUUGCUGCCCACGAGCCUGUCUUCAGUCACCGCUGGCGGGCCCACCGCCUUGACCGCUGCGGUUAGCAGUGCAGUGACAACCUCGGGCGUGGACGUGACCGCCGUGUGCCCCUUCCACAUGCACCACCACCAUCAGCAGCAGCAGCAGUUCCACCAGCACUUCGCCGUGGCGACCUCGGCAAACCCUUCGGUGACGUCGAACGGCAUCCUCACGUCUCCCGGCACGGUGACGUCAUCCUCUUCGUCGUCCUCGCCGGUGAACAGCUUCAUGAACGGUGUGGUCACGGGGGCGCCGAGCCCGCACACCCCGCACAGUCACCACCACCACAAGUGCUUCAACAACAACGUCUCGGCCACCAACGGCGUCGGGCUCACGGCGACUGUGACGUCAGCCGCCAACGGCCACCACUACCAUGUGCACCACAGGCACCCCGGUAGCCUUGGCGGGACGAGCGUCUCUUCGUCGUCUUGUAGCGGUAGCAACAACAACAACAGUCCGACAGACCUGAGCGUCAAGAAAUGCGUCGGCAAUGGCGUGGACAGCAGGCCGGCAGUGGCGUUGAAGUAUUCGCUCAACCCGGCAGAGGUGAACGCCGUAAAGCAGCUCAUCGCGGGAUACCGGGAAUCGGCCGCCUUCCUUCUACGGUCCGCCGACGAACUUGAACAGCUGCUCCUUCAGCAGAACUAAGUUUGGCCAGCAGCAAAGGCAGCAAACAUUGUUGUCACAGAGGUAAAGCCUGGCAUCUAGGAUGACCAUCUUGUGUACAAAUGACUCGACAGAAGCUUGCCACAGAGAUAGAAGCCUGGUAUCCAGCAUGACCAUCUUGUGUACAAACGACCCGAUAGAAACGUUAUUUUCCUUUUUUUUGCCAGCCUGUUUUCGGGGACUAAGUCUAAUCGUCUUGAUGAACUCAGUGUGUAAACUUCGGGCCACGAUGGCUAAAUUGUUGGUGGCUGUUCAGCAAUAGACAAGAAAGAGCAGUCGGUGCGAUCUGUCUAGGCUACCGAGCGCACCACGUUCAGUGUCCCUAAGGUCCAUUGGUUAGUGCGGUGCUCAGGUACGGUGACGUUUCGACUCGCCGCCAGCAUGUGACCGACUCACCAGUUUUGCUUAGUCACUAUCAUCUACUGGUGGAGAUGCACCGACCGGUUUGUCGUUUUAUUGUUGUUGUUUGCUUUGCAUUCCAUUUCUUGAACAUUUUUUUCUUUAUUUCUCCUAUUAGAAGUUAUCGAGAUGUUUUCUGUUCUAUAAGUGGGCCGAGUUUGGAGCCUGCAUUUUCAUACUUGUUGCCUGUGGUCACGCAGCAUUCCAAAAGUAUGAGCCGCACUUUGUUUGUUGAGUGGGUUGUUACGUUUCGGUUUAUAUGGCAUACGUUGUGGUGGUGUGGAGCAAGCACUGCAGGAAACUUGGCAUUGAUACCUGAACAUCAUCCGAGUCGAGUGCAGUCCAAGUCCCAAACGACCGUUCAGAUCAUUUCGUUGCCUACCGGGACCGUACCAUGCAAAGUGGCGCACCGUUUCGAAGAAGGAGUCAUUGUGAUGCCAUCAGCUCGGCUGAUAACCUGUACAGAUAACUAGCGACCUGGCUUUGUAAAGAAAAAAAAAUCGUGAGCACUGCCUUCAUUGUCCACAUCCCGGAGAUAACAAGCCUUGGCACCAGUCCUCCCUGACGGCACCGGUAUCGCAGCUUUGUACUCGUAGCGGUCCUGUACAGCGCAUCAGGGUAGUGUGAUAGGAUUGGACGAGAUGAUAGGAGCAAGUCAUAUCUCACUCAGCAUAUCUCGAGGCAUCUAGUCAAAAAACGACCCUCUCUUCUAUACUGUGUACAGUUUCGAGGUGUCUUUUUAUCAACCUCUUUGUUUUGUCGACAUAUCUCGCGGCGAGCUAGAGAUAAAUUAGAAGCUGGACGGAAGGUUGGCGGGCAGGCUUUCCCGCUGUGGUUCUCGCAUUUGUUCUUAUACUCUUGCGACGACAGUGACGUCAGCGUCUGACGGUCAAUGUAAAGUUUACUAUGACGUUAUCUGAAUAUCAGCGUUUCGGAUGCAGGGACGGAUUGGGAAGUGCACUGCUAGAACUCCUUACAACAUAUCGAUUGUCUUAUCCCGAGAGGCUAGCACAUUGGUCUUGAACUUGUUCAGAAGUGCGGAUGCGCCAGGACCCACCUAUGUUUCUUGAUGGUGUACUUUUUCUUUGUUAUUUACAAGGAACCUUACCGGUGUUACCUUGACAGGUCUGUUUGAAGUGACAUGUGCGUAGCUUCCUCGUGCAAAAGUAAAUGUGUGCAAUGUCUAUAAUCCACCGGUAACAUUAGUGGCGCUUCGCGGAAGCAGAGCUGUCCUGGCGUGGCCUCCGCGAUUUGCUCCGGCAGCGCGCGCUGCCGGAGCUAAUCGCGGAGGCCACGGUCCAGGACACAGCUUGCUUAAAAGAACCGAACCCCUCAGAGUCAAACACGUCAUGCGCACAGUGGUUUGCCGCAGUUAAAUUAAAGGUACAGAAUACCAAGCAGGGUAGCAAUUUAUUCACUGUGAUCGACAAACGACGGGUUCCAACGCACCCGCAUUGCACCAGACUCGUGAAGUCUUGCCAGCCAGCCUUCAUUCCUGACCAGCCUCUUUAUCUCACGAAUGACUCUUCGACGUCACAUUUAUGAAGAAAACUUUCAACUUGCCGCGUAAACGCAUACGUUAAGCGACGGGGGCGAGGAAGCCUUAUUACAGACAGCAUUGUCAGGAAUAUGGCAUGCAAUCGUGUUCGUUUGUAGCUGUGAAAGUCUAUAUAGGUGGAAGUCCGUAUCGCAUUUCACACUGAAGCAUCGCAUUUUCACGGAAAGUGUGUGCACAUCGCCUCCUCUAUCCCUUCGAAUGUCGGAAGCAGCAAGAUUAUAACCGGUGGUUUAAACGUAUGCGUCCUUGUGCGUGUGAUGUCCUAAUUUAGAAAUGGCACUACUGGGACUUCCGGAUCAUAUCGGUUCUUUGAGAUAAUGUCACGAUAGAUGGGUGUACACUCUGUUGUGAACUGUGAGCCGUGACGCUCAUGCUGUGUGUGACUCGAUUUUUUGUUGAUCGCACCAGUGUUAUCUAUGAUACAUAUCUGGUAUCUGGUGUACUUGUGGGUGCGUGAAAAGUUCGCCUAUUGCCAGAGUUAAUCUCGUCUACCUUUAGGCGAGUGUAAAAGUGUGUUUUGUUCCUCCUUUGAUAAUAGUCAUAUCAGAUGCUGAGGAUUUGUUGUUACCGUUCAAAACAUUCCCUUUUAAGCUGUCUGACAAAGAGAUGCCUAUCCAGCUGUUAUUUCAAGAAUUAUCAUAUCACACGCAUUUUCUCAUUUUGUGAAGAUUUUCUUUUAUCGAGGUUGUGUCGUAGCACCAGGCGAGUGCUACUUGGCCGUAUUGGUGGUCUCUCAUUGCCAGCAUAUCGAUUCUUUCUUUGUAUGUUUUUUGACUGGUGCAGACAGUUGAACCUAGUCACUCUGCUAAGUACUCAAUUUACUCAGACAUUCGUAAAAGCAGCGCGUUAGUUGCUGAUUGAAAGUACAAAGCCGAUGAUCUCUGGUUAAAAGUAUUUAUAAACGCUAUGAAAAAAAAUUCUGUUCAAGAAAUAUUUUCCCACGAAGCUGCAUUUGCGUAUAUCUGCAAGUGGAUCUAGUCUCCCUUUGGGCAUAAAUAUUGAUGCGUGCAGUUUCGUUACGCAGAAAAAAAGAUGUUUCAAAAAACAAAAACGCACGUUUCUCUCUAGUGAAAGCGAUGUGGUAACUUUCGUAAAAACUUAUCUCUUACUGCUUAUUUUAAACACUUAAUAUUCUGCAGUCUCAUGUACAUUUCCUUCUGAAAGUAUGUUAAGGUUUACGUACGUAAAUAUGGCAAGUGAAGUUGAGCCUGUUUAUUAUAAUCCGGAAAUAUGCUUUUAUCAAAAAACUCGAGACAUUCCGAAUAGCCGGUCACUGAUAACAUGUCACGAGGUGAUCUUUGAGAUUAGCUUUUCUUUCUCGAAAGCCUUCAUAUAUAAAGCAAACAUGGUUGACAUAUCUAAACGUUUUCUAAUCGUUCGCUUCACUUUUGAAGAUACAAACAUUGACUUAGAUCUGCGGGUGUUGAGAUUUCGUUAACAAUGCAUGAAAAAUGUAAUUCACUCGUUCGCUUUACAGCAUAUCUAAAACAACAUGGAGUGAUUGAUGAGACAUUUUUAAGUGCAGCUUUUGCUUUAAGGGUUCCUAGCAGUUUUAAAUCUCUGAAGGCUCAUGUGAGACCUUGAAUAGCUACGUCAAAACUUUUAGCAGCGGCUACUCAGAGUUCACUGAAUAUAUUUACUCAUCUAAGUCAUAUCAAACAGAUGACGUGCGAGAUUAUUUCAUGGUGCGUUAUCUACCAUAUCAACUUGACAAGCAGGCUUAUAUAGUAUGAGAGCAUUACUAAGGCUCUUUGCUUCACAUAUCACAUUCCAAGUUUGGUUAUUACCAUCGAAACAACUUUUGUUUCACGAGUCCUAACUAUUUUGGUGGGCAUACCUAGUCGAGCAUGUGAUCCUAGUCAAAACUAGCAAAUAAAUCGAAAUAAAACUAAAAUUGAACGGGAAAAGCAUAUCAGAUUAUUCGAGCAACGGAACCAAAUUUCAGUGGUUGUGCAGUGGUUACGCAGUGGUUGAUGUCAAUGACAAUGGCUGCGCAAGAGUUACUCAGUCAAGUGCUACAACCAACUGUAUGGGUGUUGAGCUGAAAGACUUAAAGCAACAUAUUGUACUUCGAUGGUUUCAUUCAGCUAAAUGACUCAUGAGGCCAUGGAUGAAGUCUCGUUAAAUGACUUCAUCCGGUUCCAUAGAGAAAAAGUGACGCGAUCGUUCUACAUGUCAUGCUUUCAUUUUCUCGUUCCAAGAGUCCUUCAAAGCAUGAUUUCUGCUUAGCACAAUAGAAUAAAUCCUGCCGCUUCAGUCGUGCAGCUACAGUGCCUAUAUAAAUUAUAGGCAGUAUUGCGGAUUCGCCUAACUUUCGUACUUGUGGCUUCUGAUGUUCCUGGUGGCCUUAUUUGCCUGUUCUUGUAUCAAAUUAUUUGUCUUUAAGUGUACAAACAGAUAAGUCUGUCCGGUAAGCCUAAGCAACCAACAUUCGUUCGCAAACUAUUAUCACAAAUAUACUUGCAAGCACUACGCUUUACCUUUCGAAAUUUCCAAAGUCCUACUUUCGUGAAGACGGCAACGCGCUCGGUGCAUUACAAUUACGAGCACUUGCCUUUCUGCUUCUUUAGAGUCCCGCCUCUUACUGCAGAAGCAUCUAAAAUGACCCAGACAGAAUAGUAGACUCGUUAUUGACAAUAAAUUCAAUAUUUAAAACACGAAAAAAUCAGCUCUUUAUUGACAAUGACAUCUUAUCGAUGAUGCAUUAUGUCGUACAAUGCCUUUUUUUUUGCAUUUCACCUCAUCGCUGUUGAUAUCAAUUCUUUAAAUUUUUGAAGCAGUUGCUAUCCUGAAGGAGCGAGUCAGCUUGACGAAACUAGGGCUGCAGUGGGAUUCCUCUCUCGGUGACUCAAUUAAGCAAUGGGCACCCUGACGAAGCAAGUAACUUUGACGAAACUUAGGCUGCAAUGGGAUUACUAUUUCGAUUACUUUUUUUCACUUGAAACCUUAAUUCUCCAUUCCGUUCUUCCCUUGGACUUCUCUCUUGUUUACAUGCAGCAAUUUUUGUACAACAGACAAUAUGCUUAGAAGGACUCUGUGACCUUGAAACGCGUCGAGGUUAUGCUCUCUUCACACCCAACCCUGGAGUCUCAACUGUCUUUUUUUUUUUUAAACACGGGAGGAACGAGGCAUUGUGAUGUGCAUAUGUGUAUGUGUGUGCGUGUAUGUGCGGUGUGUUAAAAGCGGCGGAGGCCGGCAGCGUGCAAUUGUCGCCAGCAGGACCAAUUAUAAACUAAAGCGCCCGACGAGAGCGCAUGCGUAAACGAGCUUCCUGCUCCGCCGCGCUCUCUCUUUGACGUCAUGAAGCAUUUAUCGAUACUGUACUUUGUCAUGUGAUCACGCCGUCAUUUUUUUUUCUCCUUUUAAAUUUUGUUGUUUGAUUACGAUGCGCCGGCUGCAAGUAUUUUAUUUAAUAACACUCUCAAAAUUAUUUGUGCUCAAGAAAAGGUUGGGUAGGAGCAAUGGGGGUUCCUUCUAUCUACAUAGACUCAGUUUUUACUGAUAUGAACCUGCAAAACAGUGUGUUCAGCCCGUUGAACUGAUGUUACGUAUAUGGGGGUGAAAACUGCUUUUUUUGUGCAUUUCCUUAUUCUAGAGGUUGUCAACACAAGGUCCACGGCACUUAUUCACACGAACUCUUUUGUGCUAGAACUCUUCUCAGGACGAAAUUUCGGCCAAUCGCGACGCCGAGCAUAUUAUUAGCGAAUCCGUUGACCAAUAAGAACGAGCCUUUAUUCUGUUUGUAAAUUUGCUUCAGUAUUGGCAUUACCAGGACACCGACGACGUGGGCAUUGCAGAAGGCGCCCCUCUCCGUUUGUGACGUCAGCUGGAGCAUUUUAAUGGUAACGGCUCCAUUGGACCUGUCUGAUUCUACGAAAGCGUUCAGUGCAACAGCAAUUAGCGCGUGAUAGAUUUCUUUAUUAUGCCUCUUUCCAUUUUUGCCAGAAAACUUACAGCACACGCACCCAAGAACAUUUAUAACUCGUUGUGGUUCAAGAAAACGUCACAAUAUGCAGCCGUUAAUAGUCACAAUCUACAUUCCCUCUGUCCAGGUAUUCACUAAACUAUAAUCACCUUACGGAAGGCAAGAACUUAUAGGUUACAUCCCAACUAGCAUCGCAGCUAUGGCUUCAUAUAUGAGUAAGAGCCGCGAAUCUCGAAGGCUGUGCAUUUGGGUGCUGCGAUCACCGCAUUCCCAAUCCGCCUUUUUUCACGAUGCCACGGGGCACGCGCCCUUUCGCUAUAGGAAAAAUGGCGAAUUGCCUCUUGAUCUCGGAUGCUUUCGCUCGGGAGUGCAAUUGUGGACACUGUCAGUUUCCGCCAUAUUGUUAAAUUUUGUAAUGGCGGAAUUUAAAGCGAAUCAGACGGGUCAUAGCAGCCCUCGGGCCCAAUGAGUAUUGCUCAAUGGCGGAAUUUGACAACAUGGCGGAAUUUGACAAUGUCCAGAAUAGCAUUGCUGUUGACACCGACCCUCCCACCUCGUGGCCUCCGAGAUCAGCUGCAGUAGCGCGCGUUGCCGGAGCUAAUCCCGGAGGCUACGCCCAGCUCUUACCGAUACCUUAUCAAAAUGGCGGAGCGCAGCACAGGAGAAUGAGAAAGGUAGAGUGCGGGAAGCCGAAAAACAGGUCACGGUCGACAAGUUUUAGGUACCCGCCAUGUUUUAGGUAAACCCCUGUUCCGCAAGAGGUAACUUCAGCAAGGGAAGGAUGGUCAGUGUGAAAAUAUCCUAUUCAGAUUGUCGCUGCUAUCUCUGCACAGUGCAACCGCAUCACUAAACUUGCAGCCGUGCGCACAAGCCUUAUAGGCAGGCUUGGUUAAGCAUUUAGUUGUACGAAAUUUUCAGAAAGCACUUCUUAAGGCGUUAGCAAUGGCGGCUGUGAUAAAGUUUCGAUUUCGUUAAGCGUUAUUACGCGCUUGUGUUGUUGUGUGGACGCAGCCUCGUUACGCCUAAUUUAUUGUGCUUCGUUGUCUCACCCUGUCACACAAUCCGGUGCACUCGUUUUCUCUGUAACCUAUAUUCAUUUUACUUGACGCCAGCUUAUAAACUGUCAAUGAAAAUGUUUUCUUCGUGCUGCUUCGGUUCCGACAUAUCACGAAUUAGUGUCAAACCAGUCAGGUGGACUAUAUAUGUACAUACACAGAGGUUAUUACUAUAUGGACCCGGUGUGUUCUUGAAAUACAUUUUUUAUGCUCUGUC